UUGAUAAUCACAUAUGUAAAUCGGUGCACACUUGUUUAAUUACAGUAAAUAAUUAGUCUCAAACAUGUUUUUCUCGGUGCUUGUUAUAUUUUUUGUGAUUUUACCGCUUAUUAUUUAUACUAUUGGCAAACGUAACGAGAACUAUUGGAAAAGACGUGGUAUAGUUUUUCACAGCAAAAAUAAGAUAACAGGCCCCUUUUGGGAAGUUUUCACUAGUGGUGAACCGUUUUACCUACAUUUGCAAAACAUCUAUAACCAAUAUCCUGAUCAAGCUGCCGUGGGAAUCGGAGGAUUUCUCACUCCUAGUCUGUAUGUAAGAGAUCCUAAGAAUGUGCAAGCCAUAUUGUCAUCAGAUUUUAACUCUUUCUACCAUCGUGGUUUUGAAGUAAAUGAGAAUGAUAAAUUGGCUAACAACAUUUUGUUUCUAAACGGAAGUAAAUGGAAACUUAUGCGACAGAGCAUGACACCUCUGUUUACCUCACUUAAACUGAAAAAUAUGUUUUAUAUUAUGGAUAAAAGUGCCCAAGACUUCGUUCAAUAUAUAAAAGAAAGUCCUGAAAUAAGGAAAGGCAACACAUUUCAAACAUUGUCGACGUUUUGCAGUGCAGCCAUCGGCGCCUCAGUUUUCGGUCUCACUACUGAAUCGAUUUUCGAUUCACCUUUUUUAAAAAUUGCACAAAAAAUUUUCGAACCAACGUUGAAAUCAAAUUUACGAUUCGCUAUUUCCAAUUUGUCCCAAACAUUAUUUCAUCUAUUUAAAAUACAAUUUUUUAAAGAAUUCGAAGAUUUCUUUAUUGAUGCCAUCAAACGAGUGGUACGUCAACGUAAAGAAGAAAAUAUAAAAAAGCAUGAUUUUGCUGAUAUUUGUGUGGCCUUACAAAAAAAUGGGAUGCUUAAGGAUCCCGAAACAGGAUUAGAAUUAGAACCUACAUAUGAAUUACUUGCAGCACAAGCAUUUUUCUUUUUUAAUGCUGGUGUGGAACCCGUUGCUGCAGCAAUGUUUAGUGCGUUAAUAGAAAUCGGUAAAAACCCAGAAAUACAAAAAAAGGUCCACGAAGAAAUUGAUCGUACUUUUGAUAAAAAUAACGGAAAAUUAAAUUUUGAUAUUAUUGCUGAAAUGGUUUAUCUAGAUAUGGUCAUCAAUGAGGCGAUGAGAAUGUAUCCACCUAUUGGAUUUCUAUCCAGGCAAUGUGUUGAAGAUACUGUACUGCCAUCGGGAAAUAUUCCUGUGGAAAAAGGUACAAAAAUAUUUGUACCAAUAUUUGAAUUUCAUCAUGAUCCAAAGUACUUUCCUAAUCCAGAAGAAUUUAACCCUGAACGAUUUUCACGUGAAAACAAAAAAAAGAUGUCAGAUAUUACUUAUUUACCCUUUGGUAAGGGUAAUAGGAUUUGUAUUGGUAUGCGUUAUGCCCAUAUGCAAACAAAAACUGGUUUAGUACACCUAUUAAGAAACUUUAAUGUCAAGACAAAUAUUGGUAAAGGAGGAAUAAAGUAUGUGAAACACCAAUUUCAAAUGCGACUUACUAAUGUAGAUGUUGAGUUUCUAAAUAGAUAAAUUUUUAACACUAGAAUUAUUAUUCCUGUGUUAAUUGUGUCCUAUAAAAUUUGUAAGGAAUUCUUUGCACAUUCGUUAAAAAAUUAUCGUUAAUCAUGUAUAAUGACAAAAGAAAAUUGCAAAAAUUUUUAUAACCUACAGACCGAUUUUUAUUUUUACUAGCGACCAUUAACCAGUUUAUAUACACUAGUUUUUAAAUAAUAUAUAAAUUCAAGGAA